AUGCCUCCCAACUGGCCCCAGUGCCUGCGCGUCGACGCUUAUCUGGCGGGGGCCACCCAGCAUCUCGAUCUCCGCAUCUCGGGCGCACAGUACCCCUUGCGGGAAGGGGCGCCAAAUAUGAACGGUCGGUGGUUGUCGUAUUCCUGUCCGGCCUCCGCUGUGGUGGUACGUGCACAUCCUGUGUACGCGCUAUUCCGCGUCUUCCAUCCCUCCUACCCUGUCAUCGGCAGUCGCACGGUGCUAUGCGCAGGCGGGUUGUCUCGGGAUCUGAUCUCCUCCUUUGUGUGGGUUGAGAGUGCGGCCCUCCUCAGCGCGCCCCCUCCUGAACGUUCAACACUCAGCCUGCAGCCCGCGCUAACCCGGCGGGAGCCACUCAGCAUCUCGGGCGUACGGUACCCUUUGCGCACAGAGGCGCCGAGCAUGAGCGGCCGACGGUCGACGGUCGGUGGUUCGCGUAUUGCUGUCCGGCCUCCGCUGUGGUACGCGUCCAUGCUGCGUAUGCGCCCUCCAGGGUCUCCCGUCGGCGACAGUUGCACGGCGCUAUGCGCGGGCGGGUUGUCUCGGGAUCUGGUCUCCUGCUUUGUUUUGAUGUGGAGAGUGCAGCCUACCUUUGACCCCCGCCCGCCUCCCCCUCGUCCCCCUCGGCUGCGGCAGGUCCGAGCUGGAUCGGUGCCAUCGGGUGCGGGCAGCGCCGCGCUGCUCGUCGGGUCGGUAUCUGAUGGACGCGUUUCUAUGGACGGGAUCCCCGCCCCGUUCGUGCGCGCAGACCGUGGCAUCAGCGAACGCCCAUGCGCCCGCGCCGGUCCAUAUUCGUUCGCAUCUGGAGCGCGGGUGGAGGCUACACGUACGCUGGCCGCCAGGCAGGCGUCGGAGCGGAGUCCGCUGCGUGUGGCGGCGCGCACCGACACUGUAGCCACAUUGGGUGCAAAAACGCGUGCCAACGACGCAUCCCCGGGCCACCGGCUGCCUCUCGCUGGGUUCCUGUAUGUGGCUGGUUGUCCGACGCUCUGCGAUGUUCGCAGAUCCAGAUCCACCUUCACCGUGGUCGAACACGCUCUGCGCGUGCCCCAGAGUGGCGAAGGGCCGUGCUCCGCCACCCACCCCGCCUCCGUCUGCCUUUGUGCGCGACCCCGCCUGUCUUUGUGCGCGACCCCGCCUGCCUUUGUGCUCGACCCCAUGGCCCCGGUGACCACCCACAAAAUCAACAUCGCGAAGCUGCUCGCGAAAGUGCACGGCACGCGCGCGCCGACGAUGGAGGAGCGGGGAAUGGCCGUCCUGGCCGACCACUACCGGCUCCUCGGCCUCAUCAGAAGGGGGCUCAUCGCCGCGUACAAGGAGGAGCGGCGCAACUGCUUCCUCGCGCCCGAAGCUGAAGCCGCGCGCGUCGACUGGGCCGCCGCCGUCAGGGUGCACCCGUUCGCGUUCGCGUUUGGGGCGCCGGACGAGGACGAGGACGAGGACGACGAUGCGAGACCGAGAAGACAUUCGCUCUGGGGGGUGGUGCCUGUGCCGCGGGAGGCGCCUGCUGGCGCGGUGGGGGAGGACCUGUCCGCGUGCUUUCCGAGUCCGCCGCUCGAGAGCAUUUUUGGCGCGUUCUGAACGCGCGCGCAUCCGGGACCCCGUUUCAUGGCGCACACUAAAAGCCUCCAGACCGCCGCCGCAGGCCUGCGUCCGGAGUCGACGUCAAUGGUCCGGAGUGCGCGAUGCCCUCGUUUUCUUUUUGCACCUUGCGCGCCACACUGCGCGCCCUGCUGUAUGGCGUGCGGGCGAGCUUCCGCACGUUGCCGCUGUGUAGGCGUUGGUGCAUUUUCGCAUUCACAUCUGUUGUUGUGGUUAUGAUUACCGUUGGAUGAACUAUCGUUAUCGAGGCAUUAUGAAGAAAGAGUGCUAUAGUGUGCGC